UACGUCAAUCAAAAUUUCGACACUAAAAUGAUCAGUGAAGUGAAAUACAUUAGAUUAGAUUUGUUUCCACGUGCUUGUUGAUUUGUUUGUUUAUGUAUUUAUUCCAGCUGGUUUUUGUUUGUUUUGUCGGUUUAUUGGCGCGCGCAGCUGCGUCACACAGGGCCCAAUUAUUCAUGUCAUAUAUCACAUUCCUGCAGAUUUAUAAACAAUAAAAAUAAAAACACACCUGCGAACGCACAGAAAAUAGAUAGAUAGAUAGAUAGAUAGAUAGAUAGAUAUGAAGCCACGAAAUAAUGACAGGCUGUAAACAAACAAACAAACAAACAAACCUCGAUUUUGUAAACAGACCUGUUAUGAGUGCUUUUGCUAAUCAUCUGAUUCUGACGCUGAUGUAAAUGAUUAACACUGCGCUGCUUAACACUAAUGACUGAACUGCAAAACAAACAAAUAAGUAAACAAAAACAAAAUAACUCGGAUGCGCGCGACUGUUGCAUCCGCUGUGCGUUUUUUUAAAAAUUUGUUUGUUUGUUUGUGUGUUUGCUUUUUUUAUGCAUUCAAUUACACGUUGAGAGCGAAAGGUAACGUGUGCAUGUCUAACGUGUAACGUGUGUGUGUGUGUGUGUGUGGUGUUCAACUAUGCUGCGAAAGUGUAAGAAACUUGCUUGCUCGCUCUCUCUCUCUCUCUCUCUGUGUGUGUGUGUGUGUGUGUGUGUGUGUGGGUUUGGCCAUAUGACGCGUGAGGGUUUGGUUACAAUAAAGAGGCGGUGUGGGUUUUUGGGACCGCAGUACAGAGAGAGAGAAAGAGAAGGAAAGACACACGCACGCGGGGAGAGAAAGUUUAAUCCUGCACUAACAGCUGUGUGGAGCUGCUGCGGUGUGUGUGUGUGUGUGUGUGUGUGUAUAUAUAUGUGUGUGUGUGUGUGUAUGUGUGUGUGUGUGGGUGGGUUGUGUGUGUGAGAACUGGCUGAAGACUGCAUGCAACUUUCUUUGCGUGGGAAGAAUUAAAACUUUUUACCCCCGAGUCCCGCCGGAUCGUCCUGCGCGCCGCGAGCUGGCCACAGCCACUGCUGAUUGACCUAGAAUCCACAUAGGAAUCAUGGGUAGUAAAACACUUCCUGCUCCUGUACCUCUUCAUCCAUCCCUCCAACUGGCCAAUUACUCCCUCCUCCAAACGUCCAACGGCUUCCAUCUUCCUGCCGAUCAAAUGCCGGGAAUCUACAGCUUCAGCGCGCUUCACGCCGUCCACUUGCACCACUGGACGCUGGGAUAUCCUCCAUUUUUGCCCCGCUGCACCUUCUCUCGUUUCCCUCUUCCCUCCAUCCCGCUCCUCCCUCAGCUGGUGCAUCCAGCCAAACAGGAAGCGAAGAGCAAGCCGCGCUUUGACUUCGCCAACUUGGCCGCCGCCGCCACUCAGGAAGAGCCGCUGAAGGCCGAGGACCUGAGCGUGUCCGUUGGAGGUGGAGGGCACACGAACGCACCCUCCCUAGGCUGCCUACUCGACGUGGCCAAGCUGGCUUCGCCCGAGAGGAAGCCGAGCCGAGGGCGGCUGCCUUCCAAAACCAAGAAGGAGUUUGUGUGCAAGUUCUGCGGCCGCCAUUUUACCAAGUCGUACAAUUUGCUGAUCCACGAGCGCACGCACACGGACGAGAGGCCGUACACGUGCGACAUCUGCCACAAGGCCUUCAGGAGGCAAGAUCAUCUCCGAGACCACCGGUAUAUCCACUCCAAAGAGAAGCCGUUCAAAUGCCAGGAGUGUGGAAAAGGUUUCUGUCAGUCCAGGACUCUCGCCGUCCACAAAACAUUACACAUGCAAGUCAAAGAGCUCAAACCCGCCAAGAUAAAGUGAGGUCACGCUGCAUUAGCCAAUGGGGACACUGGAAAGCCAAAGACCCGAGGACAGCAGCCAAUAGCAAUAGCAACAUGACCAAAGAGUGAAAGGUGCAAGACUCAAACUAAUAUGAUAUCAAAAUAUGGACUCAUGGAGCCAAGAGCUCUCGCUGAAUCUGCAAACACACGGUGGUUCUGAAUAAAAAUGGGUUUUCAAAAAGUGAGGUCAAGCUGAAACAGCCUGUGGGAUCGCAGGAAAUCCAGAACCACGAGGACUUCAGCCAAUAGCGAGAGCCAAAACCA